GACGCUGUCUAAAUGCGCCGGAAGUCAGUUAGCUGCAGUGCUUUCAGUCUCUUGUCAGCUCGCUCCAGCAGCAGCUCGGAGCUCCAGAAACAAACGGGUAUAUCCGAUAUUUUAAACCACUUCACUUUAACUUAUCGGAUGCUACAAGUUAGCGUUUAGUUUCACUCAAGCAGACGUUUCAACAGCAGUAAGUUAUAGUGGCUAAGCAGUUAGCUUUGCUAGCCGCGUUAGCUAGCCGGCCAUCCUUUUCGCUCGGCGUCACUUCCUACUUUUGAAAAUCGCGGCGAGUAUCUGAGCAGAGAUGGAGUUACAAGUGGGAACCGAACCGAUGACCCUGGGCUCUCCCACCUCUCCCAAGCCGACCCCUGGAGCUCAGUUUCUGCCCGGCUUCCUGAUGGGCGACCUGCCGGCUCCAGCCACCCCCCAGCCCCGGCCUUUCAGCCUGGGCACGUCCAUUCUUGACAGCCCAAGUACCCCCCGAGGAGGAUGCGGAGGAGGCUCAGCCCCGCAACCUGUUGUCCCCACCCCCAAAGAUAAAAGUGGGGCCCCGCCUGUUCGCAGCAUCCACGACGAUCUGGUCACAGUUACGACGCCCCUCAACACACACAGACAGUCUUUUCCAGUUAUGGCGUCUCCCAUGUCUGCCCGAGGGGCUUCAACUCCAGGUGUUCAGCAGGGGUGCCUGUCUCCAGCGCAGAUGGAUCCCUUCUACAGUCAGGGAGAGUCUCUGUCAUCUGACGACCAGCUGGACCAGACCUGGAUCACUGUGUUUGGUUUUCCUCCAGCCUCGGCCUCCUACAUCCUGCUGCAGUUCGCUCAGUACGGAAACAUCCUCAAACACACGAUGGCGUCUCCUGGUAACUGGAUGCACCUUCAGUAUCAGUCCAGACUUCAGGCCCGGAAAGCUCUGUCUAAAGAUGGGAAAGUGUUUGGUGACGCCAUCAUGGUGGGAGUCAAACCCUGCAUAGACAAGAGCGUGAUGGACAGCAGUGUCGCCGUCUCUCCGGCCCUCUCGUCCUCCUUCUCCUCCUCCGCCCUCCCCUCCACUCCUCGCUCCGCCAUCAGACCGCUGAGCAGCGCUUGCAGGAGCUCGGGCAGAGAAUACCAGGUGGUGGCAGACAGACACACACCCAGGAAGGACGACACUUUGGUUUCCAAGGCGAUGGAGUACAUGUUUGGCUGGUGACGAUACACAAUGCAUCAUGGGAUACCUGCACCCUCGAACGAAAGAAGAGACGGACGGAUGGACGGACUGAAGUGUGUGUGUGUGUGUGUGUGGUUGUGUGUGCGUGUCUCUGCUGCAGUGGAGGAUCUUUCUGUCUCGUCUUUUAUAAUCAGUAUUUUUUAAUGUUUUUGUUUCCAAUAAAGAUUUUUCUCUGGUUUGAA